AUGGAAGAAGAUGUGUUGGACAGUAAACAAAUUGAUUCAAAAUAUAGUUCUGACGAUGUGGGAGAUAUUGGUGAGAAAAAUGAAGUUCCUAUUGUGAAUGAGGAAAGUCGUGCUGGUAUUGUGGGAGAUGAUAUUGCCACAGACAAAAAUGAUGUAAGUGUUGAGAACAAGAAUCAUCCAGCUCUUCCUGCUGAGAAAAGAAAGCUUAAUGAUCAAGCAGCUGUUGGAAGCAAUGAGCCUGUAAAGAGGCGCAGGUGGAACUCUGAAAACCUUAAAGUUCCAGAGCUGCAAAGCCCUCUUCAAACACCUUCAGUCACACCCAAGGAUACUUUCCAGACCCCCAGUUUGAAGCGUAGCUUUUCAAGAUCAAACUCUUCAAUGAGUGAGGAUGCCCCCAAGGAACGUGUUGUUCCACCAUCGCAGAAGCCUCCAACUAAUUCCCUUAGAAUUGAUCGUUUUCUGCGACCUUUCACCUUGAAAGCUGUGCAAGAACUUUUAGGCAAAACUGGGAAGGUUACUGAUUUCUGGAUGGACCACAUCAAGACUCAUUGCUAUGUUACUUAUUCAUCAGCCGAAGAAGCCUUGGAGACACGGAAUGCUGUGUAUAACCUACAGUGGCCUCCCAAUGGUGGGCGUCUUUUAGUGGCCGAGUUUGUUGAUCCCCAGGAAGUGCAAACACGGGUUCAGAUUCCUCAGACUCCUACUACACCCAUCAGCAGCGGUCCUGCUGUUCCUGUUGCCCCAUCCACCUCACAGCCACAGCCUUCACCACGUCAACCUAGGCAGCAGCAGCAGCAGCUGCCACCACCGCCUUCUCUUCCACCUCCACCACCUUUGACUGCCCCUUCCUCAGCAAGAGAACGGCUUCCUUUGCCUCCCCCACCUCCUCUACUGGAGAAACUUGAUACACCGAUUGUCACUUUGGACGAUCUCUUUCGAAAAACCAAGUCAACUCCUCGAAUCUAUUACUUACCUUUGUCGGAAGAACAAGUGGCUGAAAAACUUGCAGCACAGGGCAAAAAUGCCAAGUAG